AUUACCUUUUUUUCGUAAUCAUUUCCAGACUUUGUGAACUUGGCACUCGACAAUUAAAUAAACAAAUGCCUUAUAAGUGGUAAUUGUUAAUUUUUUAAAUAUCUUAAAUCCGCUUGCGGGGAUUGAUUCAGAAUCGUUUGUAGUUGGUUGUAAUAAUUUUGCUUUCGUUUUUAGUUAUCUUGAAAAAUAACAAAUUCCCGUUUUUCCCAAUUGUUACAAUUAUAUCACACAAACGGUUUAACUACAAACGGAAAUAAUUGUACUACAAUCCACUACAAAUAAUUUUCCGUAAGAAACAGUCGUUAAAAUUGAUUUAUUUCAAAGUCGGAGGAUGACGUUUCUUUAAAUUCCGAUAUUCUUUUUCUACGCUGCUACAAACAAAAUAAAUGUUACUACAUUCAACUACAUACGAAAACCUUUUGAAAAGAAAUUAAGAAAAAGAAUCGAUUCAAGUCGGGUGCCAAGUUCACAAAGCCUGUUUUUACACUUAUUAUAUAUUCAGAGAACAGUGAGGUGAAUCGCGAUAUCGAUACUAUUGUCAAUAUUAACAAAUUUUAUUUAACUGUUUUAUUCUGAUUUAAUGAACAAAAUGAACUUCUGUGGAACUUUACGCACUAUGGCAACGGGCGUAGAGUUUAUUAACAGAAUUUGUAAUUAGUAGUUCACAAAAGCCUUCAACAUAAUAGAAACCAUGAUCUAUGAUUAUUACAACAUUACAGGUGUACACAUGUAUAUUGCAUCGAUAAAUUUGUCAAAAGCUUUUUUAUUUGAGCUCUACUUGUAUUUUUUAAAUUCCUACAAUAUUAAUGUAAUACUAAUUAAGUCGAAUUUCAUUAAACUUUGUCAAGAAUGUAUCCUAAUGUGCAUUUAAAUAAUUUUAUUAAACUUAAAAAUUUAUUUCUUGAAAAUCUGAAAACGCUUAACUUACCCAAAUUUUAUAUUUGACAAGCCGAAAUAAUUUACUGCACAUUCGCUGUGUUAUGUAGGUUAUUUACCGUGAAAAAAGAGCAAAUAAUUCCAAGUGCAUUUUUCAAUUUUUAUUCUUUAACAAAGCUGUCGGUGAUGUUAUUCUUUUACAUAUAUCAGCGUGCUUCUCCACAAACUCUUUUUUUUUUAAUUUAUUACUACCGUUAAUAAAUUCUGCAUUUUUGCGGAAUUUAGAACUUCACAAUUUGCCAUCCAUGGCUAUUAAUCACUAUUUUAUUAUCUUCCGCAUGUUUAACGUGGCUCAAACAUCCCACGAGUUUAAGAAAAAGAAAAGUAUAUAAUCACGCCGUAAUUAGCAUCGCGGAUAUACGCGGAUAUUAGCUCUGGACCGCGGUAUUUAUAUCUGCUAUCCAACGUUCACCACCGUUCAUAUGAAGAUAAUGAACAGCUGCUUUUAAUAUAAAUUCGCGCGCGGUUGCAGUUUUAUUCGUUUAGCUCGAUUACACAUUCGAGCAUGUUCUCCUGUGUUCCCGACAAAGCGCGUAGGACUCUACGGAAACUUCCUCGAGUGGCGUAAAUCAUGGACGAAGGUUAAAGCUUUCCGAUAAUCCUCCAUAUAUCACGUGAAGCGUAAGGUUCAAAUUAACGUAAAUGCGGUUUUCGCCCUCUGAAUCGAGUAAUUGUUGCUUCUAUCUAGGGACGGUGGUUUCACCACUCGCUCCGUUACUUGGAACUUGUUCUCUUGUUAUAUUACUCUUAACCUACCGAGACUGGAAUUUCCUGUUCACUUCACCGGGGGUGAACUUGAAUUUUAAACGCGCGUACGCGCGUACGCUCUACCGCCACACCGCGCCGGGUCAGUUUCUCUCGGCGCGCUGCAUUUUACAACGAAAAUCGGAGAGAGCACAAUGAAAUAGUAAUUAGAUCUCGUUAAAAUGCAAAUUAGUAUUACAGUAAUUUUCUAAAUUUGGUUUUGAUACCUUUUUAAUAUGGUAUCAAUGAAAUUAAGCGAUUUAGAAAAUGUAUAAUAUUUGCAUCUGUGCAACUGCGGUCAUUUAGUAUUAUAUAAUGUAAUUUGAGAUUAAAUAAUGUUCCAUAGAAAUUAAAUCGUAAUUACUAGUGCGAUGAAAGGGGAAUAAUUGGUCCGAGUUCUAUCGGUGAUUGGAAAUUGGUGUUCUUUAUAUGCAAAAGAAAGUGAAGACGAGGUAAUGAUUAUGAAUAUUCAUACGGACGUUUGCAUAUCUUGCGGUGUAACCCAUUGAUUUGUCUCGCGUUUUCUUAUCACCGUGCUCCAUUUAUUAGUCGACGCUUUCUCUCUGUGACAUAAUAGUAAAAUCUAUUAACCCAGAUUUAUUUCUUACGCACUUGAAAAAAAUUCGUUUAUCUUUUAUUUUAAUUUAGAUUAAAUUAAUACCAUUAAUACAUAAUUUCUUACUACAUUCAUACGCGACAAACGGCGUAAUUAACUUGUUUUAUCCCGACAUUUAUUAUCGCGAUGAAUUCAUGGCGUCAGGAAUAAGUCGCUUGCUCUUAGACGAGGAUGACAAAUGCUUUUGUUCCGCGUUUAUUGAAUGGAUCCAUCUGCGGGAUUGACCGACAUAGACAUACAAAAAAAAAAAAAGCGAAGCUGGUUUAUCGUGAAGAGGCAUCAUGGGACAAUAAUACAUCGCUGUGGAUAUCGAUCGAUAUCGCGAGCAUGUGUGCGCAGCUCUUGGCGCUCGCAGGUCGGGGCAGCGAUUCUGAAGUGCGUGUCGCGGUCUUUUUCAUCAUUCCCGAACUUACGGGAGUUGCGUGCGACAGCGUCGUUGCGACGCGCGGAAUAUUAAAGACAGAAUUCCCGGCCGGCUCGAUAAAAUUAUACCGAUGCGACUCUAUCGGGGUGCGCCGCCACCCGGACGGCGCGCCGUGGCGGGGGUGAUAUUCCGCGUAUCAAGCUCAAUUUUCAGCGGGACGUUGAACAGUCGUGAAUAUCGGUCCUGACGACGCCGCGCGCCGUCGCGGGCAACGACAGCGUUGCGUUGCGUUGCGUUGCAUGACAUUUCGGUAUGCCAUUAGAGGAAUAUCGAGUGACGCGACGGGAUAUCCGGCCUAACGACGCCGGACCGGCGCGGCGCGGCGCGGCGCGGCGCGUCGGACGUGCGUACGCGCGAUCGAUCGAUUUGCGGUCGCGUUGGAAGAGUUAACCGUUUUGUUAAUAAGCAUGUCAGACAACGCCAGAAGCCGCGCGGAGUGUGAGAGUUCAUCGCGGUAUCAUCGAGGUUUAGUCGAGAGCGGUCGGGGAUGAUUAUUCAUCAUUAAACGACAUAGCGUUAUUUGCGGUCCAAACCGACGAUAAUAACCCGAAGCAUUAAUCAUUCCAGCAUCUCGUCCCGAUAUUAGCACAGGCUUAGGAAGUUUCUCGGAAGCCCUUGAUCCACUUCCAGGCACGGAUAUUGAAAGCUGAUUGUCUGAGCCAUGUUGGAACGGAUCUACAAACAGGAUGCCGACCGCUGAGAGACGCGACUGUCGUCGCGCCGUCCAUGUAGCCCAGGAGAAAUUGUCCCAGUUCGACACGUAGCACCAUCCUUGGUCGAAGUCCUUGGGAUUCGGUGGAAUCGUGAAUAUUACGCUAUUGUGAGUCUAGAACGAACGAUUCCACGAGAAUGAUACCGAGAAUGGUGGGCCGGUGGCUGCUCUGCGCGGCGCUGACGAUCGCCCUGUGUCAAGGCCAGGUGGACUGGAUGCAGUGCUCGACGUUAUACAAGUGCAAGUGCAAAUGGGUGUCCGGCAAGAAGACCGCCGAGUGUAUUAAGCUGAACCUCACGGAGGUGCCGAGGAAUCUUUCGUCGGAGAUCCAGAAUCUCGAUUUGAGUGGCAAUCGCAUAACUCGCCUCGUCGAGAAUGCGUUCAUCCACGUCAAACUAGUGAAUCUACACAAGCUACUGUUGCGUGAUUGCGGCAUCGAGCACAUUGACUCGAACGCGUUCAACGGCCUGAAGAUCAUCAUCGAGAUCGAUCUGUCGGGCAAUAAUAUCCACCGUCUGCAUCAGGGCACCUUCUACGAGACCCUGCGGCUGCGAGUGUUGUUACUCAAUCAGAACAAGUUGAGGUCGUUGGAGAACGGCCUGUUCUUCAAUCUCACCUUCUUGCAGAAGGUGACAUUGUCGAACAACAGAUUGGAGACCAUCGAGAACAGAACGUUUAACAAUUUGCCGGGUUUGACUUCCCUAGCGUUGGAUGGAAAUAAUUUCAGUACCCUGGAUCUGCAAAGUUUCGAAAAUCUACCUAAGCUCGGCAGCCUCGAGCUCCAUAAUAAUCCGUGGAAUUGCAACUGCAAACUCAAAAUGUUUCGCGAUUGGACGAUCGAGCGCAAGCUGUACACAAAGCCGACCACUUGUCAGCAACCGUCUCACAUGGCUGGCAAAAUGUGGGACGAAGUUAACAGUGACGAGUUUGCCUGCAGGCCAAAGAUCACGGCCAUCGGUCCGGCGAUGAAAAUUGAAAUGAACAAAGGGGACGACGUGACACUUAUGUGCAGGGCAACGGGAAUCCCCCAUCCUCAGUUAUCAUGGUCGCAUCGUAAUCGUGUCUUAAACACCUUUACUAAACGCAUGAACAACGACAGAGGCUACGUACUCUCAUCGAGCAACGAAUGGCUGAAUCUUACCAUUAUCGACGCGUUGCCCUCCGACAAAGGUGACUACAUCUGCCACGCGAAAAGUCCGGGUGGCGAAACCGAGAGAAACGUGAGCCUGACCAUCGUGGGCGACGCACUGGGCGGCAGAGAGAAUUUCAUCAGCCUGCCACUCGCCAUCGGUCUGGGUGUCACCGCGUUGUGUCUACUGAUCGUCACGGUAGUGCUCUGCGUGUGCUACUGUCGUCGCCGCCGCACCAGGCAUGACGAGAAGGGCCUCGAGGCGGUGUCCCUGGAGCAUCACGGUCUCGGCGAGCAGGAGAAGUCCCUGAUCACGACCAUCAACCCGGUCGUGAAACCGCCGAGACGCUACGAGGCGCCGUCCGUGACGUCGCACGGCACAGAAAUGACGGAGCUGAACCGCACGUUGCUCGACAACGACUCGGUCUUCGCUGACGGUGUCGGGAGCGGUGUCGUCGGCGGGGUAGGCGGCAGCGUAGGCGACGACGAGAGGGAGCACGAACGGGCCACGCCGGAACUCGACGGGGGUGGCAGCGGAGGUGGCGACGGCGGCGGCGGCGGUAGCGGUGGCAGCGGCGGUGGCGGUGGCACUUUGCCGCGCGGGAGUGCCGGUUACCACCACCGGCAAUAUCCGCCGGAUUUACUGGCCUUCUCCGGCGGUCGUGGCGCAUCGCCGACUAGCCAGGCGUCCACGGCGCCCGACAGCACGCGUCUGCCUAGUCAGCAUAUGAUAACACCGUCUGCGACGACGACCUCAUCUUACGGCUCGCCGCCGUCAGGCCAGUACCACCCGGCCGCCUUCAAGACUUUGCCGCACAGCCGCAGCGUGACGCCGUACAGUCUCGGACCGUCGUCGUCGUCGGCGUCGAUGGCGCCGGUGUUACCGCGCCACGGUUACGUGACGAUCCCGCGACGACCGCGUGCACCUAGUUGGAGCAGCGGACCCCCAACAUCACCAACCGACAACCUCGAGCCGGUGUACGACAAUCUGGGGCUGCGUACAACAGCAGAUGGCAGCUCGAUGUUGUCACUCAAUAAGAGUCCGGAACCGUCGUCUAUGAGGACCCGGCCACUUCCGGGCGUGCCGGGAGGGUCGCAUUACGGCACGAUUCAACGUAGCACCCCGAAUAUCCUGACGGGCAGUCCGUUAGAUCGAGCGGCGCCGGAGGGCGCGGCCGAGUGGCCGCUCAAGUUGGCGGACGAGAGUCUAGACGGUGGUCAUCUACUCCUCGCGCAACAGCCACAGCAGCAGCAACCGGCUGCCACUAGCAACACCCUCGGUAGAAAGAUACCACCGAGACCGCCGCCAAAGCCCAAGAAGAAGUCGGGAACCAACGGACCAACGUUGUACGAGGACGAGGGAGAGGACGGCACGGAAGUAUGAUACCGUGGACAUCGUCCGCAAUGAGGACGACUGGUCGUAGUACGCCACGACGGGGCGUGCGUGACCACACUUACAAUAAACCGGUAGUGCCUUUCGAGACGCGCGUCUCGCGGUCGGGAGGAUCAACAAGGAAGUACGAGGAGACCUUCGUAGGAUCACUUGUAGGAUCCACGAAUGAAUGGACACGGGCGAUUCGCCGAAACCGCUGACGAUGACGAUUUAGAACGGGACACGCCGAUUGGACAUUCGUAUCACCCUAGCCCCGUUCCUUCAUUUUCCCAUCCUGUAAGUUACCUUGUAAUAAGUUAUUUAUUGAACGCGUUUACAAAGCACCCAAAGUAUCUGAGGUAUCCGAGACCAGUAAAUCGUGAUCCGCGUGAAUUAUUUUCUGGGCGACCUGAUCGUCCGAACCGAAUGUUCUUCCUUGUCCCUUGACCCUCGUCUUCUCCUACUUAUCGUUUUUCUUUUUCCCUCCCUUUUUUUAUUAGGUUCCUUUAGCUUUUAUUUGACGCUCGCCACGCGCCGUGAGGUGAUAACGUGAUAAAUGUGAAUAAGGUUCCGGACAUUGCCGCCGGUAUUAGUCGAUAAGGCGAAACCUAUUUCGCGUUUUGUGUAAAAUUUACGCGAAGCACGAAGCAACUGGAAGUGCUGAAACGCGAGUCGUUCCGCGAAGAGCGAUACCAGUGAAUUCGUCUUCUAUUCGUGUUACCCCGUAACGGGGAGUCGCGAUCGUUACGGCACGAUUCGCGUGUAUAAACGGAAGUGUUAAGGUUUCAGAGGCAAGGCAAAUGUUUUGCACAUGUUACAUUUAUGCGGUAAACACGAUGAGAAUUUAACCAUUGUUAAAAAUCUAUCUAGCUGUUAUACGCCUGUCGCGUUCGUUCCUGUUUCCUUUUUUUUUUUAAACAUUGAAAUUCCGACGUAUCGAAAUCGUAGCGAGACUCGUUGCAUUCACAAGCAACACGAAUUCUCGUGCUAAGCUUACGCCGAAAAUGGCGUAACGAUCUGUGUCCCUUUUCUCCUUCUGUAAGCGCAUCGUUAGACCAGUGCUCGUAGAUCCGUAGAGGUAUCUCGUAUUCUGUCAACGACGCUUGUAUCUUAACCCUAGGUGUGUAUACUUACAAUGUAUACUCUAGGGUUUCCCGUGACCCCAAUAAAAUUUUGAAACUCCAUUGAAUUAGUAAAAGGAUUACAUUCUCCGGCAUUUAUUGUAUAUUUAGGUUAUUUAAUGAGUGAAUAUUUAUAUUUUUCACUCUACUUACUUUUAAAAAAUUUAUCACAAUACGAUAAUUUUCUUGGCAGCUGUGAUGAGAAAAGAUUGACAGUAAUCACGAAAAAAAAAGAACGAUUUUGCUGAAGCAUAUUUAAAAAUUAAUUAGAUAUGGAUCUGAAAAUAAUGUUGUUCAAACAAGAAAAUUAUGAAGGAUAUUUUACAACAAUCUUGGUAAUCAGGUAUUACCUAAAAUACCAUAUACUGCAUAAUUAAUUCGUUCAUCCGACAAAGUCAUUUUCUAAUCUAUAUCCUGUUAAAUGUUUUUAGCAAAUAUUUGUCUUCAUUUUUUCUAUACGAAAAAUAAGUGUGUUCACCUGGGGAUUAGAUCACCGACGAAUACCGUUUUGCGAUAUUUACAGCGCAACGCGCGAAUUGCUCGUCAACGUAUCUCGCAAGUCUCGUAAACGCAAUACGGAAUACCCUAUGCUACUUAAGUAUACAACGGUGCCACUUUGUAUUAUGUUAAAUGAAUAAUCACUAUUUACAGCAUGUAUAAAUCUAUAGAUGUAAGUUUUGCGAUGACACUCGACGCGUUCGAAGUUGUAAGAAUAGAUCGUAUCGCGAGGUACGACGGUGUACAAUGAAACGGAAAAUGGCAAGUGACGUGGUCGCUGCUAAUUGCACGAACCGUUGACCUUUGAAAUUCGUGUGAUUCAUUAUCGUCGAAAUGACCGAGGGGUCGGAAUAACUGCACAUUUUGUAAACGAGACCAAUUUAACGCCGCUGCCCGAUUGGCCUCUACUCGCCGAUAUCCGUGCUAACCGUGGGUAACACCAAAAAAAAAAAAGGUCAAUUUUGACGUGUCGUACAUAUGUUCUCUUCCGCCGAGCCAAAUUCACUUCAAAUUAAUUGAAUGUUACGCGCGGUGCGUUCCAAUUAGCAACAAUUACGGCUCGAGUUGUUAGCAACUCCAGCGUAUCCGCGUGCAAAAAUUAUCAACCAGGGGCGCGUACGCGCGAAUCGUGUGUCAAGAGGACGAAGUCUCCAGUUAGACAGACAUGAUUUAGAAUGAUGACCAUAUUACGACGCGCCGUAAACGCGAAGUGAGAAGAACAGAAUUUGACGCGUGUCCCCAUUCCGAGAUACAUACGAUCGUUACAAUUCUACCGUCGACGACAAUAUAUCGUAAAGUAGAACGUCCAUGCGAUGCUAUAUAUCAUCGACGAGCGAGCGCGUACGGACUUAUGGUCCCGAAUGCAUGAUGGCCGAUAAAUCGUCUCUCCUUGAAAACUGGAAAACACCGUCAGAGAGAGAGAGGAGAGCGCGGCUUGGCGCAUUUUUCUUUCGCGUCAUAGUUAACGCCUCUUCGAACGAGGGGAACUCGUUCGCUCCCUUUCCACCCCCCCCCUUUUUCUCUUCCUUUUUUCCCUUCUGUCGCGAUGCGAUUUCCGCGAUAUGAGUACAAGUGGUCCCUCUUUUAGCGAUGCUCUUCCAUUCCAGUCUCGCGGCUGACGCUGCCGAUUUUCGCCAGUUCCGUACCCCUGCGCGCGAAACAUCUGGCCGCGUUACAUCGUGAUACGGAGUGGCUUCACGUAUGCUUUACUAUCACACAUGAAGAGCCACCCCCGCCCGGCGAUAUUUCACCCGCAGUAAGGGCGGGCAGGGAACGUUCUUUAACUGCGAAUUUAUCGCCGGCGAGCCAUCCGCUCUUUAUGCUUUUUGUUACCUUUUUAUCCGGGGAGAUUAACGUUUUCCCUUUCUCUGGCUUCAGCGGGGGGAUUUUCGGACGUGCUAUCGUUGUGUACAACUUGUUGCGAUCGCGCGCCGUGGCGCCGGCGCCGUUCUUGAUGGUAGCGGAGAAACACCGAGCGAUCGAGUAAAUCCAUUUCGAAUGAAUUCCACGCGAACUUGACUUACCGUCGGACGACACUUGAAUCCAAAGGGGACCACUCUCGAUCAAUCCUAUAGCCCGCUGUCUCCCGACUUUGCAUCACUGCGCUUGUUCAGGCAAAACAGCACCGGUUUUGCUCCAUUAAUGCAACGCACGGAAUCGGGUCGCGAUAUACGGUGUACUUGGGAAGAGACGCACUUUAUCUCGCCCGUAAAACUCGACGCGAGACGUCUCUUCCCACGUCCAACCUUCUUCGCAUGCGAGAAGGUUUCGAUUUAUUAAAUAUCUCGACACUUCUCGAACGCGAAUUGAAAUGAAGAUUUCCAAAAGACAAAUGUUUAAGGAAACUUUUUCCCCUUCGAGAGAAAAAGGAAACUUUGUCCGCGUCCAUCAUCUUGCACCCUAUGAUUUCCUCUCGAUCGAAGCCUCUUCGUUUUAGGAUGUUGCACGAAAGUUACUCAAAUCGCCAUACGAAUAUUUAAUCCUCUGUAUACACGGUUUUUUUUUUGCACUUGCUCUACCACGCGAUUCGUAUUACAUUUAUUUUACACAAAUAUAAAAAUUCUAAAAGAAAAUUUUAUAAGAAGAUUUACAUAAACAUCUCAGAAUCUUUAUAUAGUUGUUUAUUGAAAAAAAUAUACAAAUGUUAUAAUGAUUUGUAGCUCUUAGGUGUUCACAGUUAGUCGUUAUUUGACAAAUAAUUAUAGUAAUUAUAAACGCAGUUGGGAAUCUAAUUAUUCAUCAAUCUAGGAUCACUAAGCUAGUGAUCCUUCGCUGAACAGUUACCAGUAAAUAAAUGUUUAAGAAAAAUAUUAAAAUACUAAAUUAAUAUUUUUUAGAUUUAAUUUUCACACAGGUUUGAUUAAAAACUUUACUUGAAAAUAUAAUUACGUUAAGUAAAAAAUAUACGCCAUAUUGGUCGUUAACUAACGAACUAAACAGGAAAGCAAUUCAUCAGUAAAUGAUCAUUUAUGUUCAAAUGUUAACAGAAAUUGCACUUUGAUAUUCAUGUACCUAGGUAAAUACUAAUCCUUUUAAUUUUUGUUAACUUUUAAAAAAUUAAUUAUUAGAAAUGUUAUCAUGCCCUGGUAGUCGAAUUGAUAUAACAUCUGUCAUGAGGGAGUUCCAGAUUCGAAUCCUGACUGGGGUAAUAUUUUUCUUGUGUUCUUUAAUUUUUUUAAAUUCUUAUGGCAUUAUUGUUAUUAAAUCUGAUGAUAAAAAAUCAAUGUAAGAUAUUAUUUCUAGCUUCAGCUUACGAUUGCAUUUCAAAUCCGAUAGAUAUCGUGGUCUAUAAAACUGAAAAAUAUAUUUAAUAAUUAGUAUAAAAUUAUUCGUAUCAAGGUCAGAUGAGAAAUGGCCUGUCCUCUUACAAAAUUGUAUUAUUCACAUGUUGAUCUAAUAUUCAACUUAUUAUUACGUAAUUAUUAUUGUUACAAAGCUACUUUUAAAUUAAAAUACUUUUUCGUAUUCUUUUUUUAAUGCAAACGCACGCUAGUUAUUUACUAGUACGCAUAUUUAAUUGGCUCUCUGAGUAUUUACUAAAGUUCUUCCAUAUUUCACUUUUUUAAUCAACUUUUCUUGUUUUAGAAUUAAUGCAUAUUAAAAAAUAUAUAUAUUAUUAUUCAAUAGUUUUUUUCUUUUUUAUACAUAUGCACUAUAUUUUACAAUAUAUCAUGGCUUUUAUUUGUUCACUGCCUGAUGCAGUCACUCUAUAUUUAAUUUUUACUAUUCAUAGUCCAAAUAUUGAAUCUACGAAUGUGGCUCUGUAAUUAAUUACGCUUUCAAUUGAGAAUUAUAUGCGACUAUAAAUGCUUGUCUUAAUUUAAGAAAAAAAAAA